AGACUUCGGACUGAUUGAGAAUUUCAGUCUCGUUUUAGAUUAGUAACUGUAGUAGGAAAUCCACAUCCGUUCCUCGCUCUCAGUGCAGUCGUCCACCACGAACGAACCGCCGUCGCCUCCAUCCUCAGAUCGGCACCAGUGAGGAGGUCUCCGGGAUGCCCCUCCGCCGGAGCCCGCGCCUCCAUCCCCAGAUCCACGCGACCGGGAAUGGCGUCGGGAUGACCCGCCGCGGCAAAUCGCCGGCGGAUCCCGAAUCCCUGCCGCUCAACGAGGACAUGCUCCGGGAGAUCCUCCUCCGCAUCCCGCCGCAGCCAUCCUCCCUCCUGCGGGCCUCCGCCGUCUGCAAGCACUGGCGAGGCCAAGUCACCGACCCCCGGUUCCUCCGCCGCUUCCGCGCCCACCAAGGGAGCCCCACAUCUGGGGCAUCAAGUUCAGAUCCACCUUAGGCCCUCCAGACCGCAUUCCUCCGGAGCGCUUCGACCUGCAACAUCAAAUUGACCGCCGCAGCGGGAUCCGUCUCGGUCUGCUCGGGUGCCGCCACGGCCGCGUCCUCUUGUUGGAUGAUAAGUGCAAUAAGGUCAUUGUGUGCGACCCCAUCACCGGCGAGCACCACCGCCUUGACGUUCCACCAGCGUUCAGAGGGUUCAACAUCUAUGGGGCUGUGCUCUGCGCUGCCGUGGACCAGGGCCACGUGCACGGCAGCUGCCACUCGAGCCCAUUCAACGUGGUCUUGAUGUCCCUCUCGCGAGGCGGAGACAAAGAUGAGUAUGAUGACGAACAUGACUACGGCGAUACAUCACCCAUGGCUUGUGUGUACUCUUCGGAGACUGCCGUUUGGGGCAACCUUAUCUCAACGAUGGAUCGAUGUGAGCUUGAUGAGGUUAAUCCUGGAAUCCUUAUUGGUAACGCUCUUUACUGGUCCUCUAAGAGUGUGAUUCCGAACAGAAAUGUUUUGCAUUUGGAUUAUUUGGCAGACGACGUAGUUGAGUUUGAUUUGGAUAGGCAGAGCCUAGCUGUGAUCAAGGGGCCUCCAUGUCUUAAUGGCUCCCUCAGACAUCAAAUAAUCAGGGCAGAGGAUGAUGCUCUCGGUCUCGCUAUAUUUUCCCACGGUAGAUUCGAGGUGUGGCAGAGGUGGGUCAGUUGUCAUGGUGGUACUACAUGGUUGCUGCACAACGCCUUUGAAGUGCAUACCCUUCUUGGGCUCCCUCCUCAGAUUGAGGGAUCGAUGAGAACGAUGGAAAUACUGGGGUAUGAUGAGGAUAACCGUGCAAUCAUUGUAUUUGUAGAUGGCAAUGUCUACAUGGUUCAACCUAUGUCCAUGCAGUUCAGAAAACUUUAUGAAAGCGCUUAUCCUAUCAAGUGUCAUCCUUUUGCAUGUUUCUAUGCACCAGACGUGGCUAUUCCUGGUGGAUGCAAUGGAGUUGAAAUAUUGCAAGAUGCAUAGAGUGACUGUCGGUUUCAUGUUCCGAGGUGCUGGAAUUGUCAGGUGAAGUACCGGCUGCUGCAGUUCCUAUGUGCUAUCCGGAGGAACUUGCUGAACAUAUGCCUUGGUCUAUCUAAGUUUCUAAUGUAACAAGAUGCUAUAUUAAUAACUAAUAAAGGGGAGUUCAGCUUCCCCAGCUUAUAAUUUGACUCA